AGUAGUAGUAGUAUUAUAUGGUUUUAGAUAUAUGGGUUAGAUCAGAAAAGACAGUACAUUAUAAGGAAUCAGAGGUUAAAAAUCCCACCCCUCUGGAUACUGGCUAUUACACACAUGCUGGAUUUUAACACCAACAACAUAAAGCAGCAAGAUAAAGCUUUAGAGAAGAUGUAAGUAAGAGAUGCAUCUGCAAGCGCUGAACCACGUGUCAAGAGUAAAAAUGUAUCAGCAAGAUUCAGUUAGAGCCAAAUCACAGAACAGAGAUUCAAACAUCUAAAUCUGAAGAACACAACUAAUGAGGAGUCAUUCUGAGAAAGAAAACAAGUCAUCUGAAUUAAAUUGGAAAAGGUUUGUACCCAUGACUGGUGGGAGAUGUAAGAUGGAUCUUCACAUCAUGAAGAAGGUGGAUCAAAUCCUGUCUGAGUUCGAGCUGAGUAAAGAAGAGCUGAAGGAGGUGAUGGGGCGGAUGCAGAGAGAGAUGCACAGGGGGCUUCGGGUUGAAACCCACAACGAGGCCAGUGUUAAAAUGCUGCCCACGUAUGUCUGCUCCACUCCAGAAGGUUCCGAGGUGGGAGACUUCUUGGCUUUGGACCUCGGUGGCACCAAUUUCCGUGUGAUGUUGGUGAUGGUAGGUGAGGAUGAGGAGAGAGGUUGGAAGGUGGAGACCAAACACCACAUGUACUCCAUUCCCGAGGAUGCCAUGACUGGCACUGCCGAAAUGCUCUUUGACUACAUUGCGGAGUGCAUAUCUGACUUUUUGGAUAAACAUCACAUUAAACAUAAGAAGCUCCCUUUGGGCUUCACCUUCUCGUUUCCGGUCCGCCAUGAGGAUUUAGAUAAGGGAAUCCUGCUGAAUUGGACUAAAGGCUUCAAGGCGUCUGGUGCUGAAGGAAACAACAUUGUUGGUCUGCUCAGAGACGCUAUCAAGAGAAGAGGGGACUUUGAGAUGGACGUGGUUGCGAUGGUGAAUGACACCGUUGCCACAAUGAUCUCUUGUUACUAUGAGGACCGGAGCUGUGAGGUUGGCAUGAUAGUGGGUACUGGUUGUAAUGUGUGCUACAUGGAGGAGAUGCACAUGGUGGAACUGGUGGAGGGGGAGGAGGGCAGGAUGUGUGUAAACACUGAAUGGGGGGCGUUCGGUGAUAACGGAGAGCUGGAAGACUUUCGUCUGGAAUACGACCGUGUGGUGGACGAGUCAUCGCUGAACCCAGGACAUCAGCUAUAUGAGAAACUGAUCAGUGGGAAGUACAUGGGUGAACUGGUACGGCUGGUGUUGAUGAAGCUGGUGAAUGAAGACCUGCUCUUUAACGGUGAAGCAUCAGAAACACUAAAAACACGUGGAAGCUUUGAGACUCGCUUCGUAUCCCAGAUUGAGAGUGACACGGGUGACAGGAAGCAGAUUUACAACAUCCUGAGCUCGCUGGGUGUCCUGCCCUCUGAGCUGGACUGUGAUAUUGUGCGUCUGGCAUGUGAGAGCGUGUCCACUCGUGCCGCGCACAUGUGUGGGGCAGGACUGGCUGGUGUAGUCAAUCUCAUGAGAGAGCGCCGCUGCCUGGACGAGUGGAAGAUUACAGUGGGAGUGGACGGCUCCGUCUACAAACUCCACCCACGUUUCAAGGACCUGUUCCACAAGACCGUCAGGGAGCUGACUCCUAACGGUGACAUCACCUUCAUCCAGUCAGAGGAGGGAAGCGGACGAGGCGCUGCACUCAUCUCUGCUGUGGCCUGCAAGAUGGCUGCUCGUAUCAUAACGCCGUGAUGGACGAGGUCGUGGACCGGUCUGUAAAUCCUGUAUAUGUAGGUCCUGCUGAAGGGUCACUGCAACAAUGCAGUGUGAGGGACGCUCAUGUGGGCUGGCGGUAGAACGCUCUUACACAGGAUGUGUGUUUGUUAAUAUGAAUGUGGGGAGAACAUGGAGUCAACAGAUUUUGGAAACUGACUCAGUGGUUUAUGUAUAUAUACAAUUGUUUAUAUCCAAGAUGUGCAAAAUGAAUAAUGAUAAUUGUUUGUGUGAAUAUUUUAACCAUUUAACUUAAUUUCUCAUGUUUGUAUUUUUCUAACAGUGUAGCUGUUCCUUUGGGUGUUCCACACCAGUUAAAUGCUUUUAUUUUAUUUAUACAUGUAUAUGGUCUUUUUAUUCUCUAAUAUUAUAACUCAAUGUAAAAAUUAUGAUUCACAGUCGAGGAAUUUACACUGAUAAAUUGUUUAACUCUUGUAAAUAAAGGUAGUCUAAUGUA